AUGGCGCACUCGGACUUCCGUUGGCAAUCAGGCUCCAGCCCAAACCAAAGCUGGGGUUUCCAGUGGGGCUCAGGUUCGGGACCUCAUGGAGGUUGGGGUUAUGGCUCGGGAUCCGGCACUUCAGGCACUGGUUUUAGCUUUGGUUUUGGUUCAGGUUCAGGUUCAGGAGGUGGAGGUAGAGGAGGUGGUUUUGGUUUUGGUUUUGGAGGUAUCGGCAGUUUCGCGUUUGGUGGCUUUCAAGGGAGUGAUUAUGGUGAGCACAGGGGUAAUGGUGGUUUUCGCAGAGAUGGUAAUGGUGAAACCAGAUUAAAUGGCAGUUUUAUGGUUGCUGGAAAUGGUGGUAGAAGGCAAGAUUCAGGCAGGCCUGGUGAGAAUUCGGGCCAAGCUCGAUAG